AUGUCUAUUUCGGGCGAAAGUGACUUGUUCAACAUCAUCAUUGUUGGCGGAGGCAUUGCAGGAUUGUCCGCGGCAAUUGCGUUAAGAGGACCGAAUCGGAAGAUCACUGUGCUAGAACAAAGUCGCCUUAACCGAGAGAUCGGUGCCACAAUAUCCCUUCAGCCCAAUGCGUCGAAGAUUGUUGAGAAACAAUGGGGUCUUGAAGAAAGACUUACCAAGUCGGGGUCCAUGGCCGACAAAGCUUUUCGCAUCUUCAAUACAGAAGGAAAGCUGCACGCCGAAAUUCCAUUUCACUUGAAAAAGAGCUAUGGAGCUGAGCGAAUGAUCUAUCAUCGUAUUGAUCUACAUGAUGCUCUGAAAUAUGCAGCAACACGACGCGAAGAAAAUGUGACUCCUGUCGAACUUCGAACGGGCUGUGUAGUUCGGGAAUGCGACCCAGAAGCUUGCACUGUGACCCUCGAGUCCGAGGAGGUACUUACUGCAGACCUCGUCAUUGGAGCUGAUGGAAUCAAGAGUGUUCUUCGUCAAUCAAUUAUCGGGAAGGAGGCCCCCGCAAUACCAACUGGACUGUCUGCAUAUCGACUCGUGAUUGACAGCUCCGAGCUGGAACAAGACAAGGAUUUUACAUCUGUGAUAGACCCGCGGGAGUCAUUCACCACCAUGAUUAUGGGACAUGAUAGAAGGAUCAUCAUGGGCCCCGCCAGGAACGGGUCCAUCUACAGCAUUGUAGCUCUCGUCCCCGAUGAUAAAAUGCAAGAAAAUGCCGACGGGAAGUCGUGGACCACGAAAGGUGACCCAGAUAUGCUCAGAGAGACCUUUGACGUGUUUCCAAAGUGGGCCAAGACCGUUUUUAAGAAUUGCACAGAAGUCGGACUCUGGCAGCUGCGUGAUCUGGACCCCUUGGACACUUGGUAUCGGGACCGUGCAAUCAUCAUUGGAGAUGCUGCUCACCCGAUGCUUCCAACGCAAGGACAAGGGGCUAGCCAGGCUAUCGAAGAUGCGGAGGCUCUCGGGGUCAUCUUUUCAGACAUUAAGGGAAAGCCGACAGCAGCCGAGAUCCAAGAGAGGUUGAAGAGAGUAUUCGACUGUCGGUGGGAGAGGGCUACGCUCAUCCAGGGCUACAGCAGACAGGCUGGAAAGCCCGCGACAGAUAAGGCCAACAACAAGAUCACAAUGAAUCCGGCCGAGUUCAUGGACUACAAUUGUACGUACAGUGGCGCGAAGCACUGGAUAGAGCGCCAAGAAAAGGGGAAGGCCUUGAUUGAAGUGGAGGAGUCAAAGAAUCCGGAGCCAGUCUUCGUUGCGACGAAACAGCUGGCUAGAAUCUCUUUGGGCAAUAAAUGAAAAGUCUAUACUGGCGCCUCAAAGGAGAGAUACUCAACAAACGACAAGGAUAACAUUAGUCUAUCCAAUAUUGCCACUCCGUCGUGACUGGGUACAUAGACUACCUUCAUCACAUUAGACUAGAGUCAUACUGUUGUUCAGAAUCUGCCCAAUUACGUCAAUCUGCGCGAGAAAUCGCGAAGCUCUUGCUUUGAGUCAUUUAGACGUUGCAAUUGAGCUCAUUGCUACCCCUCAGCCACCACGCAAAUUGAUAUCAUCUUUUCUCUUGGUCUAACUCGCGGUAUUCGCAAUUCGUUUUGGCCUCAGUGGUUCUGUGGC